AUGGCCGGUGACCCUGCCUUCUUGCACAAAGCAAUCACCUACAGCAAGAACCUGUUGAAAUAUCGCCCUUGGCGGAACGUUGGUUGCCUUCAUCACUGGAUUGGACACAGGGAACAACGAAUAACCCUGUUAUAUGCUACAACACCGGAGAAAGAUCUGAAUACUCUACUCCUAGAAGUGUUCUCUUGCCUUGCCAUAGAUUGCAUUGGUUAUCUGCUAGAAGAAGAAGAUAUCUUGAAACUCAUUAAUCAACCAGAGAUUAGUGGAAAGACAGCCCUUCACUUUGCAACAGCAGCCAGACAGACAAAUAUUAUACGUGAGUUGCUUAAAGAAAGUACCUCAUCUGCAUAUCUGCGAGACAACAAUGGAAGGACGCCAUUACUGGAAGCUGCCAGCUCUGGAAACUUUGAUGUCCUUCAAGAGAUACUCCUAUACUGUCCAGACACAAUGGAACUCUGUGACCCCACUGGCCAGAACGCGCUUCAUCUUGCUGUGUUAAACAACACUACGCACAAUGUCAGGGAAUUCUUGCACUUGCAAGAGAUGAAGGAGCUUGUGAAUGAACCUGACGUGGAAGGCGACACACCGUUGCAUUUAGCUAUCAAGAACGAGAACUACAAGAUGGUGAAAAAAUUGAUGGCAACUGAAUGUGUAGACUUGAGAACCAAGAACAACAAAGGCCUCACAGCUCUAGACAUCUGCGAGUCUGAUUGGAAUCUUUCUUACAGACAGAAUUCUCUCCAUACAUACCUGAGAGGGCAAAAUGCGCCGCGAGGUAGACAUCCCUAUAAUUAUUGGAAGCGUGAUCAAAAAUCAAAGAACGCAUUAAACCACCCUAACGCAGACUUAAAACAAUUAGCCAGCACAAUGUCAGUGGUUGCUGCCCUUCUGGCAACUUUAACUUUCGCUGCGGCUUUUACAUUACCGUGGCUACCAUACUGA